UUCAUUAAGAAAUGUCAUCUUCAACUCAUAGUGAAAUUGAAAAAGAUUUUGAAAAUUUUCUAAAAUUUUGUAAGCAGAAAAAUUUAACUACAAAAGACCUUCAACAAAUUUAUCAACCUCUCCUAUCUACUUGGAGAUGGAGAUUUUGGAAAAGAAUUGGGAUAGUUCUCUUUGUGGCGAGUGUCAUAUGGUGGCUGUGCUGUAAUGUGGAAGUGUUAAAUUGGUCACUGAGUGCUGUUGGAAGACUUAUUUUAAUCGAGUUGUUACCAUUUUGGAAUUGGACACCAUUGUAUAAGGCAAAGUGUUUGGUGGAUAAAAACAUUGCAGAGAAAGUGGAAACAGCUUCAUCGUCAGCAUCUUUAGGUCUUGGAAAAUAUGAAACGGAUAAAAUGAACUGUUUUCUGUGUGAAAAGCUUGAAUUUCUGCCAACUCGUACAAAUGUGACGUAUUCAAUGAUCGAACAGAACUAUCUGGAAAAAGGUCUUCCUGUUGUUAUCCAUGACUCUCAUCCAACUCAAAAACUGGAAAAUAUUCUUUCACAAAUUUUCGAAGCUCCAAAUGAUUACCUCAACAGCUUGCCAUGCAAUAUUGAAACAAAUCUUCUAAUGAAACAUUUUUUCUCCAUCGAAACGGCUUUGGGUAAAAUUUCUGAAAGUUUACCAACUGACGAAUGGUUUUUACAAUUUCGAAAUUGUAAAUUUGAUGCUGUUAAGGCAUCAAGAAAAUUCAUCAAAAGGCCAUACUACUAUCCUCUUCACUUUGAACCAUUUUACUCGAGCUGGAUUUUGAUGUCAAACAAUUAUAAGGCAGCGGGUAAGGAAUUGAUCUUACAGGGCCUUGUUUUUGUUCAGCAGUUAAGUGGAGAAAUUUCGAUAACAUUAAUUCCGAAAUCACCAUGUGAGAAAUUGUGCUUGGAAAUUGAGUUUGUGCUGAUGGCUGGAGAAGGAUUGGUAUUUUCCACUGAUUUAUGGAGUUUUAUGUAUAAGCCUGUUGGAACUUUGAAUACAGUAUCGACUAUCAUGGAAAUCGAUUGGCUGUACUAA